AUGAAGGUUGCAACUGGUGCUGCAGGCAGGUCACGCAUCCACCUCACCUACUACGGCUUAGCCGCGGCAGACGAGCAAACUGCAAGGCUGUACACCCACUUCCGAGUGGUUAUGGCUGGCUCAAGUCUUGCUAUCAACCGUAUAAAAAAGGAGCUUUUGGAGUUGCAAAAAUCUACUGAUAAUGCUGAUAAUCCCAUUGAAAUCUAUGCAGAAGCCGAUAACAUAAUGAAACUGCGUGGUGUUAUAGUCGGUCCGCCGGAUACGCCCUAUGCUGGGGCAAAGUUUAUGUUGGAAAUAAUAAUACCAGAAACCUACCCUUUCCUGCCUCCAAAAGUCAAGUUUCUAACGAAGAUCUGGCAUCCGAACAUUAGUAGCGCUACCGGUGUCAUUUGUCUGGACAUACUGAAGGACCAAUGGGCGGCUGCAAUGUCAUUGCGUACGAUGUUGUUGUCGAUCCAGGCGUUGCUUGCCAGUCCUGAGCCGGAUGAUCCACAGGACGCCGUUGUAGCUAAACAGUUCAAAUCAAAUCGAAACGCCUUCAACAUAACUGCUAAACAUUGGGCCUCCAUCUAUGCGAAUGGGCCUUCUAGGCAACCCGACUGCGAAGCUAAGGUGGAAAAGCUUAUGCAAAUGGGGUUUUCUGAGAGCGAUUCCAGGGCGGCACUAUCGUCGAAGGACUGGGAUAUCCCAAUGGCUGCGGAGUUUCUUAUCAAAUAG